GUCAAAUAGACCGAGGCAAACACUAGAAAAGUUCGUUAGAAACCGAUAGCCAUUUUGUCUUUGAAGGUCACGUGGACACUAUGUUGGUGGAAAUCGCAGUAUGCACAUUGGUGUUUUUCUUGCUAUUUUCUCUCUUCAAGAGACGUCCAGAGGGCAUGCCUCCAGGRCCCAAACCGCUGCCCAUCAUAGGAAAUAUGCUUGACGUUUCAAGGUGGAUGUCCAAUAAUCAGAUCCAGAUCGAACUUGCCAAAGAAUCUAAAAAAUAUGGCAGUGUAUUCACRUUCGAGGUCCCAGGUGAGAGGACCGUUGUCAUCAACUCUCAUUCCAUUGCGAGGGAGGCUCUCCUCACUCGCAAAGACGACUUCGCWGGMAGACCCUAYAAAUUCACAUGGGACUACCUUUGUCGCGGAGGCAAAGACAUCGCAAAUGGUGACUUAAGYCCUACGUUGAUACGACAGMGAAAGAUAGUCCAUUCUGCUAUGAGGACGUAUGGCCCGUUCCUUGAGGGAACGUUUAUUCGCGAGGCCGACGAAAUGUGUAAACGCCUCAGUUCUUAUGGAGGGAAGCCUACAGAUCUUGAACAUGACGUUUUCCUGACCACAUUGAACAUYAUUUGUGAUAUGGUGUACGGUGGCCGRUACAAGAUCGACGACCCUGAAUUUUUGAUGAUAGCAGACUACAACAAGGUGAUGUUUUCUCUUUUGRCGCCCAUCCACGUGCUAAACGUGUUUCCAUUCCUCGUUCAUUUCCCGAUGAAAGAUUCCAAAAGGAUUAAACAGGUGCGUGACCAACGUGACCUUCUCUUAGAAACCAAACUGCACGAACAUCAAGCUACUUACCAAGAUGGCGUGAUCCGUGACCUCACUGACGCUCUAAUCAAAGCCYUAGACGAAGAGCAACUAGUAGACAGUGAAGUCAUAAACACUGUUGCCACCGAGGAUUACGUCAUUAUGACAAUGGCCGACGUAUUCUCAGGAGGACUGGAAACCGCAAUGACGACAAUUCGUUGGUUCAUCGUGUACAUGAUCAACUACCCCCAAGUACAGAAGAAAAUCCACGAGGAGCUUGAUGAAGUCAUAGGCCGUUACGUCAUACCUCGKUUAGAAGAUAAAGCRAGGCUCAAYUACAUCCAAGCUUCCAUUGCCGAAACACUGCGCAUGUCAGCAGCAGCGCCUUUGUCUGUUCCUCACAAAGCCGUCAUUGACUCCACUUUGGCAGGAUACAAGAUUCCCAAGGGAACCACCUUGCUGUUCAAUAUAUGGGCUAUGCAUUACGACGAAAAAGAAUGGGACCAACCUCACGUGUUUGACCCUACGCGUUUCCUUGACGACGAGGGGACGUUUACCACAGGAGCACGUGACAAGAGCUUUCUUCCUUUCAGUGCCGGCCGUCGUUCUUGUAUUGGUGAAGCAUUGGUCAAGCAGGAACUGUUUAUCGUUUUGUCGAGAUUGAUKCARCGAUUCUGUUUUGAGCUCCCAGAAGGCUCUGCGCCGCCCGAGAUGGUAGGUGACAUGGGACUCGUCCAUGUAGCCAAGCCGUUCAAAGUAUGUGUUAAAGAUAGGUGAACCACGUGACCAUGAUGACAUUCUCGCAGAACCAUCCGUGCUGCACUAGUUAAUAGAAGACUAUAUUGAUACUAAUCUAUGUACCCUAUCCCAAAAAUAUAUAUAUUGCCCCACAUGACCGUGACAAUCUUGUAAAAGGUGCUACCAUUAUUUCACUUGAUUCUGAUAUUUAAAAUAAAAGAUGACGCCAAU